UAUGUGGCACAUAUGUUCCGCGUUGCAAUGAGUUAGCUAGUUAGCGUGAACGAAGUAACGUGCAGCGAGAGUCGAAACAAGACAACUGCGCAACAGGAGAGAAACCUCAGCGAUCUAUUCGGUCUCCACAUUCGCUGAAACUUGUAACUGCAAUCGUUUGGAGAUGGCUGACGUGCCCGAAGAUGUUGAAUCAAAAGCAGGACAUCCUGCUGCAAUGAAAGUUGGUGGUGUGCGAAUCCCCCACCGCAUGCGUAAGAAUUCCGAAGAGGUGGCAGCUAAGGAAACGGUUGCUGUUGAGGAGGACGAGACUGAGGAAGUGGUAGCUAAGAGCAAGGCGCCUCAAGUUGUGAUGUGGGGACAAGUCCGUGACCCUCAGAAGGACUACCCAUCACAAGCAGUCCAGCACAUGCAGCAGAAGCCCACGCCAACCAACGAACCCCACAACAAACCUGCUUCUGCCAAGCCUAACGUCAUCCAGCAGCCCAGGAAGUGAGCUGCUAUGCCUCAACCCAUUCACAGCCUGGCCUUUCAGUUGCAGGCCUCCCGUUAGGAAUAAUUGAAGUCAGGUGUUGGUUUAUAUUUGAUAUUAAAUUUCUGCAAUA